GUGAAUUGAGUCCGGGUGAAUAUUUAGGGGAAAGGUCCCCGGCAGGCGAUUCAGCGGGUGACUCGUAAAACCACUGGCUAGUAAUUCACUAAGUGAGAAUGUCUAAACAACAGCAACCUAUCAGCCCAGCGAAGAAUUUCUUCGCUGGGGGAUUCGGAGGCGUCUGUCUCGUCUUCGCUGGACACCCUCUUGACACCAUAAAGGUGCGCUUACAGACACAGCCAAAACCCAGCCCUGGCCAACCUCUGCUGUAUACUGGAACCUUUGACUGCUUCAGGAAGACUUUUGUAAAGGAGGGAGUGAGGGGGUUGUAUAAAGGCAUGGCUGCCCCCAUUAUCGGAGUCACACCCAUGUUUGCUGUCUGCUUCUUUGGUUUUGGCCUGGGAAAGAAACUGCAACAGAGGACUCCAGAAGACAUCCUAACAUAUCCUCAGCUCUUUGCCGCAGGGAUGCUGUCUGGUGUUUUCACAACAGCUAUCAUGGCGCCUGGAGAACGAAUCAAGUGCCUCCUGCAGAUCCAGUCUGCCUCUGGGCAGAUAAAGUACGCAGGGCCGAUGGACUGUGUGAAGCAGCUGUACAGAGAGAACGGCAUUCGGGGAGUCUACAAGGGCACUGCUCUCACCCUUAUGAGAGAUGUGCCUGCCAGUGGGAUGUACUUCAUGUCCUAUGAAUGGCUAAAGAGCAUCCUCACACCAGAGGGUAGCAGGUGAGUUAUCGAGAUACCAGCCGGUUUAACGGAGUUGCUACAAGGCUAUACUGUGGAGGUACUCCGACAGAGGCCCCCGGACUUGGUGGAAUUCGCCGUUCGAUAUUUCACUCGUUUACGGGAAAGCAAGACCACAGGCGGGGUCGGGUCGGGUACCGCCGGCAAGCCUGGUGGGAAAGGAGUUAUGUUUGAUGGGGAGCCAAUGCAAACUGAACCAAAUGGAGACGAAGAAGACGACGACGAUUCCGACUUCGAGCCUCCCCCGCCCAGUAGAUUCAAUCGGAGAGUGUCAGUGUGUGCAGAAGCCUAUAAUCCUGACGAUGAGGAGGAGGAUACCGAGCCUCGGGUUGUGCACCCCAAAACCGACGAACAGCGCUGCCGAUUGCAGGAGGCAUGCAGAGACAUCCUGCUCUUCAAGACCCUGGACCAGGAGCAGUUUUCACAAGUGUUGGACGCCAUGUUUGAGCUGCGAGUGCAACCUCAGGAGCACAUCAUUGACCAGGGUGACGAUGGAGACAACUUCUACGUCAUCGAGAGGGGAGUAUAUGACAUUGUGGUACAGAAAGACGGACAGGGCUGUUGUGUGGGCCAGUACAACAACAAAGGCAGUUUUGGAGAGCUGGCCCUUAUGUACAACACCCCCCGAGCAGCAACAAUCAUCGCCACCACGGAGGGGGCACUGUGGGGCCUGGACCGUGCCACAUUCCGCAGGCUGAUUGUGAAGAACAACGCCAAGAAGAGGAGAAUGUACGAGACCUUCAUUGAGUCCGUUCCCCUGCUGAAGUCCCUGGAGUUGUCAGAGCGGAUGAAGAUCGUUGAUGUUUUAGGGAUGAAAGUGUUUCAGGAUGGAGAGCAGAUUAUCAUGCAGGGCGACAAGGCUGAUUGUUUCUUCAUUGUGGAGUCAGGAGAAGUGAAGAUUAUGAUGAAAAGUAAAACUAAUGCUGACAAGCAGGAUAAUGUCGAGGUAGAAAUUGCACGCUGCAGUAGGGGGCAGUAUUUUGGAGAGCUGGCCCUGGUCACCAACAAACCUCGCGCUGCUUCUGCCUACGCUGUGGGAGAAGUCAAGUGCUUGAUAAUAGACGUGCAGGCGUUUGAGCGCUUGCUCGGCCCCUGUAAGGAGAUCAUGAAGAGGAACAUCGCUCACUAUGAGGAGCAGCUGGUGGCUCUGUUCGGCUCCAGUAUGGAUCUGAGAGAUUGACAGCCGCCAUAAAACCGUGCCUUACUAACAUACACACGUACACACACACACACACAUACAUACACACGCACGCACACAUGCACACACACACGCACAC